AUGAAUUUGCAGAACGAGAAAGCCAUGGCCAAUUUCCACGAUCAGAUGAUGGAGCUCGCCUACAAGAACAUCUCCAAAAGUGCCAAAGAGGCAUCUGACAUUGCCCACAUGCUCCUCGAGCACGUAAGACUUCCCUUGCUCUUUCGCGUUCACGCACACAUUGUCCUUGCCAGUGGCAAGACUGACUAUCUCUUCCACGCAAAGCAAGCUAUACGCGUUGCCGAGAUUGGCCGAGAGAUAUAUGGUCCUGGCAAGACCGAAGAAUCAAAGGCGGCUGUUGAGGACUUGCUAUGGCAGGCGAACGAGGCACUCCGCCGUGCAGAGCGUGACAUGAAGAUAUUAGAGGACCUUGAAAAGAGAGUCAAGGACAGAAAACUCAAGUUAAAGAAGGGUGAAAAGAUUCUAUACGGAAAAGUUAAUGGUGAGUUGACACCUCGGAGACAGAGAAUGAUUUACUAA